CGGAGCAUGGAUUGAGAGGCGCGGCGGAGCAACCCGGUGCCCUACACGGGCGGAAGUGACAUUGAUGAUGAUGAUGUUUAUUUUGUAAUGAUAAAAUAAGAGGAGGGACACGACACCUGCUAAGUCUUAGAACCGUUUAUUUGACGUUCCUAGUCGCCCGUGCUUGUACAAACACAACACAUCUCCAGUUCUAGACGUCGUUGCUGUCUGCAAGUAUUCUGGAAUGACGCGGGCUCCAAAGACGAAGAUCGAUUUCUAUCAAACAAGCCCCACUUUUUUAUUCUACUUUAAAAAAAAAAAAUCACUGGAUUCUCACUUGGAAUUUUUCAAAUAGUGUUGAAGGCCGAACAAUUUUGUGUGUGCUGAAUACUCGUUAUUUCAUGCGAUAAACGCUGUGCCUCGCUAACUGUUUUUCAACGUAAAAGAAAAAAAGUAAGUUUUAUCUUUAAAAAAAAAUAAAUAAAUUUCCAUCAAAGUUAACACUGGUGCGUUGCAAACGGCUGUCUUUGACAGUGAAUGCCUUGCAAUUUUUAAAUCGAAUAGUAACUCUCUUAAUAAUGAGGUUGAUAUAAUUUGCGCUUGAUAAAGACAUUUAGAUGGCUUGUGUUUAAAGUGUUGUUUAAAAAUGUUUCCCUUUGUGCUUAUAAUGAAUAUUGAAAAGCUUUUCUUUAUAAAAGAGAACCAACAAAAUUUCAUGGAUUUUUGUUGUUGUUGUUGGCCAUUUUUAUUGUCAUUGUUAAUGUCGUUGUUUUGUUAUUAUCACUUUUAUUAUAAAUAUAUUAUUAUUUAUGUGAAUAUGAUGAUUAUUAUUUUGAACUGUUGCAAACUGUUAUGCUGUAAAUUUUAACUGAGCGAAAUCCUUAUAAUAGUAUGUCCUUCUACUAAAAAAAAAAUUAAACAAAUUAAUAAUAAAUCAUAAACAUAUCUCCUAAUGUGACAGACUUUAACGCGACCCACAGACAGACAUAUUUCACUGUCGUCCGCCAUUUCAUUAUAUACAGUCAAUUCUUAAUAGACUGACGUUUCAUUGCAGGCUGACAUUUCAUUGCGCCCAGCUGUUUCUUUAAAGAAUGACUUUCCAUUGAAGACCAACCAUAGGAUUGUCAAAUGUAAGUGACUAAAUCAUUACAUGACACUUUAAACAUUUAAUGACAAUAGUUUUUCAGUCAUUUAUAUCUUUUUUGUUUUGUUACACAGAAAAGUGUGUGUGUGUGUUGCCUCACUGGCAAGAACAGACAGAGGAAACAUAAUAAUAAACCAUCUUGGGGGCUGGAUCCUAUUGGCUGACCACACGACGAAAAUUCACCAACAACUGAAAGCUGACCAAACGGGCGUUGCUACUUACUGACCACACGUCAAAACAUCACAAACAUGUCGAAGCUGACCAACCUGCCAUUCGCAUUUAUUGUUUCCACAAUUUCUCAGAAAGUUUGGCACGGAAGAGCCAAGUUCCUGACUGUGACAGUCGCCUUCGCGUUACUCGUGUACAUGAUAAUCUUUGUCAUUCCGGUACGCAACGUUGUAUUUUACCCAGUGAUUGAGAAGGCUUGGCGUCAGGUCAAGACCUCGGACAUUUUAAAAAUCCAUUACGGUGAGCUCAAAAUCCCGGACGGGAUCUUUUCCAUUGUCUCGUGUCCAGUUUUGCUGGAAACUCCUGUCAAUAUAAGUGACGUCAACACGUCAGCCAUUUUGACUUACGAUUAUCUGCGAGAUCCGGAAGUAGUAAGGAGAGUUUUAGAGAAAGGCCACGGACAGUUCCUGCCGGUCCUGAACCUCAGCCAGAAGAUCGAGAAUUUCUAUUUGUACAAAGUCGCAGCUGCGGCCCUCGACUCGGUGGACGUGAGACAUUUCAUAGUGGCCGGGGCCUUGCUGGGCCUUAGCAGACACAGGGGUCUCAUCCCUUGGGACGACGACAUAGACAUUGUAGUGAGCUUUGAUUCGUGGGAGCUGGUCAAGCAGGCUCUGUCGUGCAUCCGAGGGUUUAGGCUGUUCAAAGGAAACGCGAUUCAUUGGAGUUUGAAAUACUUGGGCAGGGAUUACCCUUUCGUGGACAUCCUCUUCUACGACAAGGAUGACGCUUUCGUGUGGGCGAUAACGUGGUACUCCCGCGGUACAGUUUUUUAUCCCACGGCCGAUGUUUUCCCUUUGGUCGAGUCCACGUUUGAGGGUGUGAAGGUUCCGGUUCCUAGACACGCUAUCAAAAUAGCAAAACAGAUUUAUAAUUACGAUGACUGCGUCGUCUACAGGGGACACACACAGCGAUUUCAGAGUUUGAUAGAGACUUAUCCGAAAGGCUAUCUAGUGAGUGAGGUACCCUGUACAGAAUUAUCAUACAUGUAUUCAAUGUUUAACUUAGGCGAGUCUUAAAUAAAAGAAUGCGUUAGGUUUGCGUUGUAUUCUGUCUCAUUUAGCAAUUUUUAGAACUACUUUAAAAAAAAGUAUACUUACUUACCGAAUAUAAAUUAAAGGCAAAUAUAUUUUAGCUCAUUAGCAAAAAAAAACUUGCGUGAUUAUCGAUCAAAGUUAAAAAUGAAUUGUUGAAUAAUAUUUAAGUCAUUGAGGAAAAAAAAAUCGAAAAUGAAUAGCUGUUUUGAAUAUUGAUUGCACGAAUGAAUACAAUCUGUUAUGACAUGAAUAAGAUGUCUCUUCAUUCCGUCCCCACCUUUUGACUAGAUGUUCUAAAUAUCAAUAAGAAUUCUUUUCUUAAAGUGUAUUUUCAAUGUACUAAUUUAUUCUUGAAAUCAUGUACAAUUAUCUACAGCAGCUAGUGGAUUCAUAACUUCUCGGUAUUCGGUGCCGUGGCCGAAUCCUAGUUUGUUCCCAAAGGCGUUCAUUGUUUAAAAUGACGCCCAACGACACGAACAUCAAUUGAACAGCACCAAGCACAAAAUGUUUAGUAUAAAUCAAUCAUAUGCGGUUUAAAAAUCUAUUUUUUUAUUGUGUAUUAUAUUCUAAUGUCCCACCCGCUAUUUCACCGCUUGUUUAUUUCACUAAUUAGUUCAGGAAAAAAAAAGAAUAAAAUAUUGCGCACCAAACGCACGUGCGAUAUUUUUUGUUUUGUUUAGGUAUCUCAUUUAGCGCAGCUAUCGGGAAUGUUAUUUUGUGAAAUUAUUUUGAUCAUAUUUCGUUCAUCUUUCCCCUUGAAAAACAGGAGAAACGGAUCUUUUUGAUUGUUUGGUGGCGAGGCUGAAAAAAUUGAUAGGACGCGUCGUCAUCGGCAUCGAGUCUUUGUGCCCAAUUUCAGCUCGAUAGAUUGACGGGAAAUGGGUCAGUUAGCCGUCUGAAGACUUUUGAACUAUUCACACAAAAGCGAGGUUACUCUAAAGGAUUGAAUUCUAUAUUUAAAUACAAACAAACAGCACAAUUUUCCGAUAACAAGAAAGUUGGGGAAACUGUCUCAAGCAAUAACUUACACUCUCUUAGACCACCAUUUAGUGGUGUCGAGAAAACAGAUAGUGUUGAGUUAGUGACUGGAUGGCAUCAGAAACCCCUAGAUUCCGCGUCCUGUAUCAUUGAAUUAAAAAUGUGGACAUUUUAAAAAAAAAAUGAUUUUUAAAAAGCCUUUUGCGGCAAGAAUUUGUGUAAAUCUACGCCCCCCCCCCCCCUAGGGCACUCCGAUCUACUGUUUGAUAAAAAAAAUUAGACUAUAGUAUUAUAUAAGAAUUUGUGGUAAAGUAAUAGAAAUCCAGUUGAUAGGACUAUCAUGACCUUGCAGAUUUGGGGUGGGAGGGGUGCACUGGACUGUAGGGUGAGU